UGGAGGAGCGGUGGAGGGAGCCGGGGAUGAGCGGAGUUGUAAGCAUCCUCCGCUGAGCAGCCUGUUGGGGUCAAGCGCGGCCGGCUGGAAGUUGGACUGCGCAGCACGGAGCUCCUGUUCUAAAGAUUGUCUGCUCCAAAAACAGCAAAGGGCAUAUUGAGGAGCCUGUGAAGAUCUGAUGAAGAAACUGAAUGAAGCGCUUGCGGUUAAUGAUGGAAGAACGUCCAGUUCCUCAGAUUAGGGUGGACAGGGCCAGUGACCUGGAAGAGGCUGACAAGGAAGAUAUGGAAUUGGCUACCGACGAUCAUCUCAUGACCUUGAAGGCCUUGGCAGAAAAAUUAAGAUUGCAGACGAGGAGACCUUCUUACCUGGAGUGGAAGGCCCAGCUGGAGACGGAAAGCCUCAGUGAUUCGGGAAUUCGGGAAGACCGGCUGCAGAUGGAGCAUGAGGGGAAGCCAGUCACAGGCAAAGAAACUGUAGUUAACUCCGAUGUAAUUCAGUGCAAGUUGCCGUCAGAUGUGCUGAAGGGAUUCAGGAAUAUCGACGAGGCUCUCAACUGGCUCAGGAAAGAACUGACGGAGAUGCGCCUGCAGGACCAGCAGCUGGCAAGGCAGCUCAUGCGGCUCCGAAGUGACAUCAACAAGCUAAAGAUUGAGCAAACGUGCCACCUGCAUCGCCGCAUGCUCAACGACGCCACCUUUGGCCUUGAGGAGCGGGAUGAGCUGUCAGACCUGCUGUGUGAAUGCCCGGUCACCCCGGGCCUCGGCCUCUCUGCUCCCCUGCGACUCAUUGGCGUCACCAAGAUGAACAUCAACUCCCGCCGCUUCUCGCUCUGCUAGCGGCAGCGAUCACGCCCCUACAGGCAGGACGUCCCAAGUAAAAACAUGCUUUAUCAGUGCCAUCUUUGCUCCAUUAGAACACCCCAGCCAUUUAGCAUUAGAUCAUGGUGAAAUCUUAAAUAUAUUUAAAGCCCUGACCACAUCGGUAUGAAGAUAAACGUUGGUAUAAUCCAAUUGUAGUCUACCUAUUAUCCCCUUACCCUAUAAUCAAAGAGAGAGAUGUAUGAAAUUUAGAUAGCGUAUGUUAUUUAAUAAGUAUAGCUUUAGUGAAGUAAGUAUAUUAUGUUUUUUUCCACAGAACCGCGCAGGGCUAACACUGACCUCUCUGUUUAAAAGUCACAGUGGAUAUUAGGUAACAGAACCGCAAACUCAGAUAUUUAGAAUUUUCAAGUCAAAAAUCAUGAGUCCACUCCUAAGCCUUAUCAGCUCAAGUUUCACCAGUAUUUUGGAUUUUUUUUUUUUUUUUUCAAGGGCUGGAAUAUUGUG